GGUCCAUCCGGUUGGGUAGAUGCGCGCAGUGCAUUGUGGGAGAAGUGAUAGGAGGCAGACUGGCAGCCAUGGAGAACAGCCGAGAUACGCCAGGGAAAGCCAGUCGGUGGUUUGGAGUUGCGAUGCCCAAAUCGGUGAAGACAAAUGUGAACAUCCUCCAUCAGGAGAAGCUGAUUGCCCAGAAGAAGCGGGAGAUUGAAGCCAAGAUGGAACGGCAAGCCAAGCGGAGCCACUUGCCAACUCAGCAGGCUUCACAGGGGAGCGAUGACGAUAGUGGAGAUGGUGAAAGUGCUGUUUCAAACAAGUUUGCUAAUGAUGGCAGCUUCCUCCAGCAGUUCCUGAAGCUACAGAAGGAAAAACUAGGAAGUGAUGCUUCUUCCAGUUCUACGGAGUCAUCAGCUGCCCACCCCUCCCCUGCGAGCACAGUGAAGAAGCCCACCUUGUCUGGGAAGCGUCCCAAUCUCAGCGUCAGCAGUAUGUUGAACCAAGUCAAAAACUACACCCAUUCCAAACAGACACCAGUAACGAAUCGCCUGAGUGUUUUCCAGUCGCCUGAUGAAGAGGAGGAGGAGGAUUACGAGCAGUGGCUGGAAAUCAAAAUUUGUCCCCCAGAGGACAUCCGGACCCGCCGAGUCAUUGAGAAGCUGGCCAGGGUGGUGGCCGAAGAGGGCCCAGAUAUGGAGAAGGUCGCGCUGGAAGACUGCAAGGAUAACCCAGCAUUUGCGUUCCUGCAUGAUAAGAACAGCCCAGAGUUUCUCUACUACAGAAAGAAACUGGCCGAGAUGUGGAAGAAGGGCCAAGAUCCAGAGGAGACCUCUUCUCAGAAAGUUUCACCCCCAGAGGAUGAAGAGACCAAGGACUGUGCUGAGAAGCUGGCUCGGUUUGUAGCAGACGGGGGCCCUGUGGUGGAAAUGGUUGCCCUGAAAAACCAUCGAGAGAAUCACUCUUUCAGAUUUUUGUAUGAGCCCAAUAGUUCUGGGUACAAGUACUACCGGCAGAAGCUGGAGGAGUUCCGGAAAGCAAACAGUAACACAGAGGGCGCGCCUCUCGUACCAGAAGCCAGCCUAAAGCGCAAGGCCCCUUCUGAGGGGGGCCCUUCCUCCUCUUCCUCUUCCUCUUCCUCUUCCUCCUCUUCCUCCUCCUCCUCCUCUUCCUUGUCUGCCUCCGCCACCCCCUCUUUGACAGCAGCACCCGCGGUUUCCCUGCCAAAGCAGGCAGCCAUGUCCACUGCAAAGAGAAAGCGGAAAAGCCGAUGGGGCCCGGAGGAGGAGAAGGUGGACUUGCCUCCUCCAGAGCUGGCUCAGCAGACACAGGAACUGUCGCCAACACCGUUGUCUGUCCAGGACCUCAAGGGACUUGGCUACGAGAAGGGGAAGCCGGUUGGAUUGGUGGGUGUCACGGAGCUGUCAGAUGCGCAGAAAAAGCAGCUGAAGGAGCAGCAAGAGAUGCAGCAAAUGUAUGACAUGAUCAUGAAGCACAAGCAGGCCAUGCAGGAGAUGCAGAUCAUGUGGGAGAAGACGAUGAAAGACCACCAGUCUGGCUACGACAGCGAUGAGGAAAUUGACAGUGAGCUGGGCACGUGGGAGCACCAGCUGAGGCGCAUGGAGAUGGACAAGACACGGGAAUGGGCAGAGCAGCUGACUCAGAUGGGCCGGGGGAAACAUUUCAUUGGAGACUUUCUGCCACCUGACGAGCUUGAGAAGUUCAUGGAAACCUUCAAAGCUCUGAAGGAAGGCCGUGAGCCUGAUUAUUCUGAAUACAAGGAGUUUAAACUGACGGUGGAAAACAUAGGUUACCAGAUGCUGAUGAAAAUGGGCUGGCAGGAAGGUGACGGUCUGGGAACUGAUGGUCAGGGUAUCAAAGCUCCUGUUAACAAGGGGGUGACGGCUGUGGAUGGAGCAGGAUUCGGAAUUGACCGUCCUGCUGACUUGACCAAGGAUGAUGAUGAGUACGAGGCCUUUCGCAAGAGGAUGAUGUUGGCCUACAGAUUCCGGCCCAACCCGCUGAACAAUCCUCGGCGUCCCUAUUAUUGAUUCAGCAGUGUGCUUCUUCUCACCUCCCACCUACUCCCUAGUCCUCCAGCGAUGGAUUGUUUACUGUGAUAAGUUUAUUUAAAAAAUGUCCCUUUUUUCCUUUAGAAGGACUCUGUUUCAGGUUUAGUCUCCCAUCUGUUCACCCACCCACAGAUGUUGGACUUUUUUUUUGAUGUGGUUGCAGAGCUCACCCCCUCUUUUAUUACGGUUUUUUAACGUGGUCCUAUCAAAGAAAGAGAAGGAGCAAGAUGGAACCGAUAUCCCUCUUCAGAGAGUUUGUCAGAAAAAAGCUCCCACAUCAUAACCAUUUGUAAGAAGGGGGAAUUGGCGUUAAAAUAUUUGUUAAAUAGUGCGUAAUCCUCAUUUUAUUCAGUGUCAUGGUUUUUUAAGCCCUGUUUCUCUCCUUGUGAGCAUAGAAACUCUGGGUUGCUGUUCCCUGUUGAUGGUGGGGCCUUCAGGGAAGAGUCACCUGAUGGGAUGUGGUGGGUGAGCAGAAGCACAGGCGGAUAUACGGAAGGUAGAUCUCCCCAAACGGUAGCAGAGGUGCUUCCCAGCUGCGGUUUGAAAGAGCAAGACUUGGGUUGCAGUGACGUGGGAAAGGGAACAGUUUUUAAAUGGGGGGGACAAAUGAUCCCAGAGUAUCACGUCUCUGUGAGGGUGCCACUUUUAACAAGAGACUCUUGUGAAAGCGUGCAAAGCCAGUGUGUAUCUGCCUACCUUCUGUUUUAGAGGACAAUCAGCUCUCCUUUUUCUCACUCUUUAUUUCAAAGAGUGAGAAGACUUGAAUUGCAUAUUAGACCAAGUAAGAGGCCAAAACCAAACAUCUCUUUAGCUGGAUUCUCAUUAGUAGAUUCUAAUCAUCUUUCGGGUUUGUCCCAAAGGAGAAAGGUUGGAGGAGGGGAAAACCCCAGAUCUCUUUCUUACACCGAUACAUGCCCUGGCCACCAAGGCAUUGUUUUGGUUUGCGUCCUCUCUCUUCCGUGUCCUUCCAACACCAAAACAACUGUUGUUCCUUCAGAUAGCUCUGAGACAAUGCUUAUUUUCAGUUUUGUUAAUCUUAAUGAUGUAGAGUUGAUACAUUGGGCUUUUGCCAAACAUGUUAAUAAAGCUAGAGAAAUAA